UGCAUGCUGGGAACCGCAGUUCUCCGGACCGGCAACGACGACACAAGGUGACUGGACUCACGUAGUAAGUUCAAGAGGGGUCCGGACCUCACCGGAGCCUCCGCAUUCCAAGAUGACAGGCUUGCCACGCUGCGGUAGCCCUUAGUCGUGUGCGACAGGCAUUCGGAUCAACUGAAAACAUAAACCGAAGCCCUAAGAUUUCUCAGCGGUUUGCGCUCUCGCCUAGGCUCGGGCUGCUCGUGAAUCGGCCUCUGUAGUACCGUUUCUCCCCACUCUGAAAGCUAAAGUAGGCCCUGGGGCGCGGAGGACGUGGGUCCAGGCCGAGACGGUUGAGGCACGACUGCCCUGUCCCACCCGCGAGGGAAGAAGGGAAGUUCGCUCUCAGCGCUGCAGCUGCUCAGUCUGGGCGGUGACACCGGGUCCCUGGGCAAACAGUGUGUGAGAUGGGACGAACAUCAAAGGACAAGCGGGAUGUCUACUACCGCUUGGCCAAGGAGAAUGGCUGGCGUGCCCGGAGUGCCUUCAAGCUGCUACAACUGGAUGAGGAAUUCCAACUCUUCCAAGGCGUGACACGGGCAGUUGACCUGUGUGCAGCCCCAGGCAGCUGGAGUCAGGUGCUGAGCCAGAAGAUUGGGGGCCAGGGUUCUGGCCACGUGGUAGCUGUGGACCUUCAGGCUAUGGCUCCGCUACCAGGUGUGUUACAGAUCCAGGGGGACAUCACCCAGCUGUCCACUGCCAAGGAGAUCAUCAAGCACUUUGAGGGCUGCCCUGCGGACCUAGUGGUGUGCGACGGGGCUCCCGAUGUAACUGGCCUCCAUGAUGUUGAUGAGUAUAUGCAGGCUCAGCUCCUCCUGGCCGCUCUAAAUAUUGCUACACAUGUCUUGAAGCCAGGAGGCUGCUUUGUAGCCAAGAUCUUCCGAGGCCGGGAUGUGACACUGAUCUACAGCCAACUGCGUGUCUUCUUCUCCAGCGUGCUCUGUGCCAAGCCCAGGAGCAGCCGGAACUCUAGCAUUGAGGCCUUCGCUGUCUGUCAGGGUUAUGACCCCCCUCAGGGCUUCCUGCCGGACCUGACCAAACCCCUGCUGGACCACUCUUACGAUCCAGAUUUCAACCAAUUAGAUGGUCCCACCCGCAUCAUUGUGCCAUUUGUGACCUGUGGGGACCUGAGCUCCUAUGAUUCGGACCGCAGUUACCCACUGGAUCUAGAGGACGGCUCAGAGUACAAGUACACUCCACCCACACAGCCCCCCAUCUCGCCACCGUACCAGGAGGCCUGCACAUUGAAGAAGAAGGGGUGGCUGGCUAAGGAGAUCCGCCCUCAGGACUGUCCCAUCAGCACAGUGGACACAUUGCCCCGGUCCCUCGCUGCCCCACAGCGUCACACCCUGCUGGCCUCUGAGGUGGAAGACAGUGAAAUGAAUUGUUCACCUUAACACAUUAAGUAGCUGGCAGUCUGAUACAACUCGGAAGCUGUUUGCUGUCAGGAGAACCAGAACUUGCUUUGAUGAACUGUUUUUCAAAUACCAUCUCGUGAACGGGUCCUGAACACACAAACCCCGAGUGAGAACCUGCAACUACCACCACGAAAACAGCCAGAACAGUAACAUCACGGAAUGUCCAUCAACACUGCAUUCUUGAGGGGAUUCUUGAGUGACGUCUUGCCUCUUCUCUAAAUCUUUCCAGGGGUGUCCAGAAUUUGCCCCGAAGGCAGGGGUUCUUAAUCUGGACAGAAGUCAGGAGUAUUUUGAUGAACUUGACGGAGGAAAAUAUUUACAUCUUUAUUUUUACCAAUAUAACUGAAAUUCAGCUUUACUCCCAAAUAAGAAUUCUGGCAGUAAAUCACAAUCCUAAAAGCAGUGCCUGUGACUUUCCGCCAAUACAAAUCAAUUCAUUUUUAUGGGACGGUUGCAGGCAUCUUAAAAUAGUAUUCACAAUCAUCACUACUUGGAAUCAUGGAAGAUCUUAUAAUUUGAUGUACUAAUAAAGAAGUUCACAUAUUGCUGCAUUCCAAGUUUUCAUUUUAAUAUAGGUGGUCAUAUUUUUUCCAGUUUUAUUGAGAUAUAAUUGAUAUACCGUGUUUCCCCAAAAAUA